AUGGCCACCAUCACUAAGCCAGAAGGGAAGGUGGAGCGUAUCAAACGCAAGUUGGGAAAUGAGAACAGCACGAAGCAGCCUAUGAUGAGCCUUAUGAACGACAGACGAAUAUGCAGAGGGAGCACGUAUGCAAGGGUGCCGGCACAGAACAGACACGAUUCGGCUCGAAUGGAUUUAGAGCGGGAAAUACAGAAGAAAAAGGUACAACGCGCUAACGUAGUGCAAGAGGUGUCUAGGAGGGGGCCUUCUACUGAGGCUACACGGAACCGUCAGGAAAGGAAUGUUCAAACGGAGGAAUACUAUGAGAAGUUGACGACCAUAGUCAGAGAAUAUGAUGCUGAGACGCAAACUCCAUUCGCAUACGAGCGUCCUCCGAGCCCUUUGUUCAUGCCAGUCUCGAGCGGUAAUGAUGCCGGUACGCAAAUCCUUGAGGGAGAGCUCUUCGAUUUUGACAAGGAAGUUAUACCUGUGUUGGAGGUCAUCCUGGGAAGGACCAUCGAGAAAGCUCUGAUGGAAGUGUUGGAGGAAGAGGAGCUGAAGGCGAUAGAAAAGCGACAGGCUGAGUUUGCAGCCCUACGUCACGCAGAGCUCUUGGAGGCUCAGCGUAUGGAGGGCGUGGAAAAGCGGCGAUCUGAUGAGAAGGAGCGGAGGAAAACACAGGAGAAAAUGAGGGUCACUAAGGAAGGGGUCCUUCGCCUGAAAGUCCUUUCGAGGCAACUGUCGAAGCAUGUUGUCGCAGGAGUGGAAGCUGAUGUGUUUAGAAAACUCCAGGAGCUGGGCAAGUUCGAUGCUCCUCAACUAGUAGGAUCGACGUUGAAACGAGAGUACUCCCAAACAUGA